AUGGCGUUAUGGGUUGAUAAAUAUAGACCACGUGAGUUAUCCGCAUUAACCUAUCAUGUCGAACAAGCUAAAGAUCUUAUUCAUAUUGUCAAGAAUGGUGAUUUUCCACAUCUUCUUUUAUAUGGACCUAAUGGAGCGGGAAAAAUGACCAGGAUUUUUUGUGUGCUACGAGAAUUGUACGGUAGUGGUGUAGAAAAGCUACGAAUGGAUCCUCGAAGUUUCCAAGCACCAUCUGGAAAAAAAUUAGAGAUUCAGACAUUCAGCAGUAAUUAUCAUGUACAACUAAGCCCUGGAGAAGUUGGAAUGUAUGAUCGUGUUGUCGUACAGGAAAUUAUCAAGCAGAUGGCACAGAUGCAUCAGAUUGAUACUGUUUCUCAAAGAAAUUUUAAAGUAGCUGUUUUGAUCGAAGCAGAUCAGCUAACCAGAGAUGCUCAAAAUGCAUUACGUCGUACAAUGGAGAAAUAUGCACAGACAUGUCGACUUAUUUUGUGUUGCGAAUCAAUCAGUAAAAUUAUUGAUCCUUUAAGGAGUCGCUGUUUAUCAAUACGUGUCGCUGCACCAUCGGAUGAUGAUGUUAGCAAAGCGAUCAGACAUGUAUGCAAACAGGAAAAUCUUAAUGUUCCGGACAACAUUGUUGCAGCAGUUGUUCAGAAAGCAAAUGGGAAUAUGCGACGAGCUUUGUUGAUGAUUGAAGCGGCAAAAGUUCAAAACUAUCCAUUUAAAAAUGAUCAAGAAAUUCCUGAUCCUGAAUGGGAAGUAUAUGUUGCUGGUACUGCCAAAAUGAUGAUGGAGCAGCAAAGUCCAGAAAGUCUUGUGAAAGUUCGCAAUCGAUUCUACGAAUGUAUUGGUCAUUGUAUACCUCCAAAUAUCAUUUUUGUGAAACUAGUGAUAGAGCUACUGAAAAGUUGUACUGAUGAGAUCAAAGGAAAGGUAAUCUCAGAAGCUGCUAAAUAUGAACAUCGUCUUCUGCGGGGUAGUAAAGCGAUUUUUCAUUUAGAAGGUUUUGCUGCAUCAUUCAUGGAAAUAUAUCACAAUCAUCAAAAUGAAAAUUCAAUGGAGUAUUGA